GAAAUCUACAUCAAAAUCCAAUACGACGAAAGAUCAGAAAAAGAUGGAGAGGUUUCUUUAGAAGGUCCACCACAGAACUCAAAACUAUACAGCGUAUGACCAAGGCAAAUAAUGGGACAGAAAGUGAAGACCAGAAAGUAACAAUUUCGGAGCCAACAGACUUUCCUCAAAGCAGACCUGCACGGAGGAAGAGUCUGAGGAACCAUCGGACAAAGACAAAGAAAAGCAGUCGUGUAAACAGUUUUGAUGUCCGCGGAGAUUUCAAUUUAAGUAAAGACAUUCAAGGCGAUGAUAAUUCAUUUCAUGAAGCACUACUCAACGAGUCAGCUGCUGAUGACUUCUCAGUCACCAGGUCCAGAAAGUUGAAUCAAAGCAUCACCGUCGCCCCGGCAUUGUCGAGAGCAAGCAGAGUUAAUGUUUCUGCUUAUAUAUCGAACCUGAUUUCCUGGGAAGGAUCCCCGGUCCUGUCUAGAGGAUGCAGACUAAAACAUUUAAACAUGACCAGCAUGGUGUUCGUCAAGGUACACAAGUCAGCCAGCAGCACCAUCGCUAACAUUCUGGCGCGCUAUGCCCUGAGGUAUGGCCUCCACGUGGCGCUGCCAAAAAAGGUGCCAAAAACUAAACGAUUCAACUACUUUGAUGAAGCCAUCACUCGGGACUCUGUUUUCCCGCCUCUCGCAAAUGGCUCUCACUACAAUGUAAUGUUCAACCACAUGAUCUUUAACCGCUCCAAUAUCCAGCGCCUGAUGACUAAUAAUACCUUCUACUUCGCCAUCAUAAGGCGCCCAGAAGAGAGGUUUGUGUCGAGUUUCUACUAUUAUGGUUUGGACAGAAUCUUGCAAAGAAAAUUCAACAUUAGUGAUCAGAGGGAGGCUCUAAGCUUCUUUUUAAGGACCUAUCACCAGUUCAACGCCACUAAGCCAGAGCUGCACAAUUCUUUUGCUAGCAACACGGGGCUGGCUCCAGAAAAGCAAAGAGACCCCAGAAACAUUCGCAACCACGCGAUAUCGCUGAGAAGGGAUCUUGACCUUGUCCUUGUGGCUGAGAAUUUCGAAGAGUCCCUUGUACUCUUGAAACGCAGAGCAUGCUUACGAAUGAAAGACAUAUUGUACAUGAAGAACAAUGCAAGGAAAAAUAAAACUGAAUUUGUCAUGUCCAGUAAAGACCGUUUGCUGUUCAAAAAGUACCAGAUGGCUGAUGUCCUCUUGUACGACCAUUUCUACAGGAUCUUUUGGGACAAUGUGUUAGCUGAAGGCAUUGAGUUCUUCCUGGAACUGCGGCGUUUCAGAGAGAUUCAGGCGAUCAUGUCUGAAUUUUGUUUCAGAAAUACCUCUGGCCUUCGUCUCGCUUACGUUGAUGCCUCGAUGUGGAAUGAAAGAUUUGUGAUCUCUCGUAGAGACUGCUUCCUUCUUCAGCAGUCUGAGAUGAGCAUGCAGAUUUAUCUUCUGAGUCGGGCCACGAAGUGGUUGGCUCUCAGUGAGAAGGACGGCGUCUAAAGGCAAAAACAUUUUAUGCUUUCAGGACAAUGAAAAUGUCUUCUUGUUUUUGCAAAGAAACCGUUUGCAAGUCUUCGCAUUUGUUUUUGUUUUUUACUAGGGGGGGGGGUGUCGUCCUUUUUGUAGAAAACACGCUUGGCCAAUACGUAUCUGUAAAUGUUUGUACAUUUGUCCAUGUCCGUCACGAUUAUAGCAUCUGCUUGGUAUCUGUUGACUUCAAUCGUUUGUGUCUGUAACUUGAAGACAGAAAGACGAGAGAGAGAGUUAAGACAUAACUAGGCUUACAGACAUGGAGAAAGGGAACAAAGAAAAGAUGUAAGUAUUAAAGAAAUAAAGAAAGAUAGAUCACAUACAAUAAGCAGCUUCCAGACAUUGUAAUCUUUGGAUGUGGAGAUCCGUGUGUGAUUUAAGAAGCUGCAUGUUUUCAUAAUUGAAGUAAAAUAUCUUUUGACAUGAUA